AUGGAGAACAAGGGGACAGAGACACCUCUGCCCAAGCCACACACGAAAGGACGCCUCCAGCCCACCCUGAUCCUGACUACGCUAAGCGCAGCCUUUGGCUCAGCCUUCCAAUAUGGCUACAACAUCUCUGUGAUCAACACACCUCACAAGGUGGGCACGAGCAAUGGAUGGGGUCCUGUCUUUCAGGUCUUCAAGUCGUUUUACAACGACACGCACUUUGAGCGGUAUGGAACAUUCAUGGACGAGAAUUCCCUGCUGCUCCUGUGGUCCUGUACGGUCUCCAUGUUCCCUCUGGGAGGCUUGUUGGGGUCCUUGAUUGUUGGCCCAAUGGUCAAUAAAUGGGGCAGAAAAGGAACUCUGCUGAUCAACAAUGUCUUCGCUAUCACCCCUGCCAUCCUGAUGGGGGUCAGCAAAGUGGCCCGGGUUUAUGAGCUGAUCAUCUUGUCUCGAGUGCUGGUGGGAAUCUGUGCAGGCAUCUCCUACAGCGCUCUUCCCAUGUACCUGGGAGAAGUGGCUCCCAAGAACCUGAGGGGCACCUUAGGAACAAUGACUGAGGUAUUCGUCAUCAUUGGAGUCCUCUUGGCACAGAUCUUCAGUCUACAGGCCAUCCUGGGCAAUACCACAGGUUGGCCUAUCCUCUUGGCUCUCACGGGGGUCCCGGCACUGAUUCAGCUUCUCUCGCUGCCCUUCUUCCCCGAGAGCCCCCGUUACAUUCUAAUUGAGAAAGGAGAUGAAGAGACAGCAAGGCGAGCUCUAAGGAGGCUGCGAGGCUGCAACUACGACGUGGAGGCCGAGAUGGAAGAAAUGCGCGAGGAGGAGCGCAAGGAGCAGGCGGAGGGUCGCCUAUCGGUGCUCAACCUCUUCACCUUUCGGCCCUUGCGCUGGCAGCUGAUCUCCAUCAUCGUGCUCAUGGCGGGCCAGCAGCUGUCCGGGAUCAACGCGAUCAACUACUAUGCAGACACCAUCUACACAUCGGUUGGUGUGGACCCCACCCAGUCCCAGUACGUGACAGUGGGUUCUGGCGUGAUCAACUUAGUGAUGACUAUCGUCUCGGCAGUCGCUGUAGAGCGUCUGGGGCGGCGGAUUCUCCUGCUGUCUGGCUAUGGCAUCUGUGGCUUGGCCUGCGUGGUGCUGACCGUGGCUCUCCUCCUCCAGAGCACGGUCCCUGAGCUGUCUUACCUUGGCAUCGUUUGUGUCUUCGCCUACAUCGUGGGACAUUCCAUAGGGCCCAGUCCUGUCCCCUCGGUGGUGAGGACAGAGAUCGUCCUGCAGUCCUCUCGGACAGCUGCGUUCACGGUAGAUGGGGCCGUGCACUGGCUCACCAACUUCAUCGUCGGCUUGGCGUUCCCAUCCAUCCAGGUGGCCAUCGGGGCCUACAGUUUUCUCAUCUUCGCUGCGCUCUGCCUCCUCACCGCUGUUUACAUCUUCAUGAUAAUUCCUGAGACCAAAGGCAAGACAUUUGUGGAGAUCAACUGUGCCUUCGCCAAGAGAAAUGGAGUGGAGCUUCCAGAAGAGAAAGGAGGAGCGACGGCCGAGUCUCACACACCCUCUCUGCCUGACAAGCAGACGUCCUUUUGA